CAGACUCCCCUGGCCCUUUCCCCAGUGAUAGUGUACUUGUGCCUCUGCACAUAGUAGGUGCUCACUGCUGAGUGAUGGAAACAAAUACAGCUUUCCAAGUUGGUUAUUGAAAACCCACACACAGUAAGUAUUACUGAGAAACACUGAAGUCCUGAACAACAGGGCAGGAAGCCACCUCCUCCCAGAGUGACCCUAACCCUCAGAGUCCAGCUGAAGGCUGCAACAGGAAGUCCCUCAGCCACUGUCUUUCCUCCCCCUCCUCCCCACUGCCCCCCAGGGCCUCCAAAUGUAGUCAAGCUUUCCAUCCGCUCUCAGCUUCUCCUCUCCUCCACCCUCUGGAGGGUCCCAGGUGAAGAAAGAGAAAAGCACUUACUCGCAGAAGGAGGCAAGCAGCCAAACUGAGCUUGGAGAGUCGUCCUGCCCACCCCCUCCCCGCAGGCCUGGGGAAUAAAAGAACAAGAGGACAAAGAAGGACUUAAAGCACUGGAGCAAGCAGGGUGGGGGUAGGCCUAAGAAAGUUUACAAAGCAAUCUUCGAGAGAAAGGAUGAAAAGGGAGCCCUGCUGGGCUGAGCAGCUCAAGCCCACAGCACACCUUAGGCCCAGUUAGAAACCUGCAAUUACUCUGCCUGAGUCUGAACUGAUCUCCCUCCUCCUUUCUCCAAAUAGCUUGGUUAUUAAUCCCUGACCCAGAGGUUUCCCUGAGUGAGGCCUCAACUUGCUGCGCUGUUGGCAGCCCCAACUACCUCUGCUCUACUAGGCUCAACACACCCUGCACUUGAACCCACCAAAUUGGCCCAGCUUCUAGUUCCAUCUGAAUUUCCAGCAGAAAUACAAUGUGAGGAUAAGGUCACCCGCAGAUUCUCACAGCUAUUGAGCCACCCUAAUUUCCCAGACUUUCUGAGCUGUUGUAUCCACGGCCUUUCUGGAAGUUUCCCCACCACCAAAACCAGGAUUAAUAAUAAUAACAGGUAUCAUCUGAGAGCUCACUCUGUGUGGAGGGCUUUAAGUCAUUUCACUUAAUCCUCAAACAUCUUUAGGUAUGAUUACCCCCAUUUUACAGAAAGAGAGAGAUUCAGUGAAAGAUGCAGUGACUUUCCAAAGAAACAGAGCCUGGAUUCCAACCCAAGUCUGUCUGACCUUGAUGUCCAUACUCUUUCCACUAGGGAUACUGCCUCUUGGGAACCCUCUAGGAUCCCAUUUUAUGUGGUGCCCAGAUCAAUUUUAGAUGGGGUAUGAUAGUACAAUUCUGUGGCAUCUAAAGAAUUCCUAGCCCCACAGUUGGGGGUGGGAAGAGGAGUAGGAGUGGGAGAGUCUACAUUAUGGCUCGGCAGGGUCCUACUAGUUCUUUUUAGACACUUGAGUAAUUUAACCAUAAAUAACUGGGCACUGGGAACAGGACACUCACUAAUAAAAGCAUGGCCUGGAGUCAUGUUUGAAAAAAAAAAAAUUCAAGUCUCUCAGUGGGUGGAUGUAUCUGCAAAACAAAAGAAAAUCCCCUUUCCUAGCCCAGGCAGAGAAGUCUCCUGUACAGUUAGAGACAACAGGCUUCUGGGCACGUAGCCAAGGUUCUGGGGAUAUUUAUAACUUGAAGAGGGUGGGAGUCCCUAAUAAGCUGUUAUAUUCUUUUUCCAUCACUUCCCUCUCCAAGGCUACAGCAAGCUCGGAGCUCUUCCCCACGCAGAAUGCCUGCUUUCCCUAGCGCUCGACUUCCAUUGUCUAAUUCCCUCAUCCUGGCUGGGGAAAGGGAAGGCUGCAAGUCCUUCCGUUCCGAGGAACUCCAGCUGAAUGCAGCUUAGUCGCUGGUGGUGUUUCUUGGCCAGCCGCUGUGGUCUCAGGGAUCUGCCUAUGAGCCUGUGGUUUCUCUGAGCUGCCUCAGAGUCUGAGGUCUCAGGAAUCUGUGAGUCUUGAGUAUCAGACUACCAUCUCCGGGCUUCGCCUGCAAGUCUACGGAUUCAAGAUCUACCUGCGAGUCUGAGACCUCGGGAUCUACCGGUAAUCUCGAGACUCUUUCUGAACGCCAGGUCUUAAAGAACUCUGCGGCUUUGGGAUCUGUGUGAGGCCUCUCAGAUCUUGGAGCCGGCGGUCUAGCGGAUCUUUUGCAGGCCAAUAGUGCUGUCUGCUAGCUGCUUUUCCUGCUCUCUCUCCCGGGAGGCGAACCCUUGUGCCCGAGAUGGCAGCCACCCUGCUCAUGGCUGGGUCCCAGAUCGAACUUCAUAUCUUUUGCCUCCUCAACAUUUCUAACCAUGCCUCUAAUUUCAAGAAGAAAAACUGGUAGUAACCUCCUAGAUAUACCACGUAUUGAGGAAGCAUUGUGUGAUUUCAGGCGCCUGUGACAUUUGAAGAUAUGGCCAUGUAUCUUACCCGGGAAGAAUGGAGACCUCUGGACCCUACACAAAGGGAUCUUUACAGGGAUGUUAUGCAGGAGAAUUAUGGAAAUGUUGUCUCAUUAGAUUUUGAGAUCAGGAGUGAGAACGAGGUGAAUCCAAAGCAAGAGAUGAGUGAAGAUGUAGAAUUUGGGACCACAUCUGAAAGACCUGUUGGGAAUGCUGAGGAAAAUACUGAAAGUGAAGAGGCCUUUGAAAGUGGAGAUAGGUCAGAAAGACAGUGGGGAGAUUUAACAGCAGAAGAGUGGGUAAGCUAUCCUCUCCAGCAAGUCACUGAUCUGCUUGUCCACAAAGAAGUCCACACAGGCAUCCGAUAUCAUAUAUGUUCUCAUUGUGGAAAGGCCUUCAGUCAGAUCUCAGACCUUAAUCGACAUCAGAAGACCCACACUGGGGACAGACCUUAUAAGUGUUAUGAAUGUGGCAAGGGCUUCAGUCGUAGCUCACACCUUAUUCAGCAUCAAAGAACACACACUGGAGAGAGGCCCUAUGACUGUAAUGAGUGUGGGAAAAGUUUUGGAAGAAGUUCUCAUCUCAUUCAGCAUCAGACAAUCCAUACUGGAGAGAAGCCUCACAAAUGUAAUGAGUGUGGAAAAAGUUUUUGCCGACUCUCUCACCUAAUUCAGCACCAAAGGACCCACAGUGGGGAGAAACCCUAUGAGUGUGAGGAGUGUGGGAAAAGCUUCAGCCGGAGCUCUCACCUAGCUCAGCACCAGAGGACCCACACAGGCGAGAAGCCUUACGAGUGUAAUGAAUGUGGCCGAGGCUUCAGUGAGAGAUCUGAUCUCAUCAAACACUAUCGAGUCCACACAGGGGAGAGGCCCUACAAGUGUGAUGAGUGCGGGAAGAAUUUCAGUCAGAACUCUGACCUUGUGCGCCAUCGCAGAGCCCACACAGGAGAAAAGCCAUACCACUGUAACGAAUGUGGGGAGAAUUUCAGCCGCAUCUCACACCUGGUUCAGCACCAGAGAACCCACACUGGAGAGAAGCCAUAUGAAUGCAACGCUUGUGGGAAAAGCUUCAGCCGGAGCUCUCAUCUCAUCACACACCAGAAAAUUCACACUGGAGAGAAGCCUUAUGAGUGUAAUGAGUGUUGGCGAAGCUUUGGUGAAAGGUCAGAUCUAAUUAAACACCAGAGAACCCACACAGGAGAGAAGCCCUAUGAGUGUGUACAGUGUGGAAAAGGUUUCACCCAGAGCUCCAACCUCAUCACACAUCAAAGAGUUCACACAGGAGAGAAGCCUUAUGAAUGUACCGAAUGUGAGAAGAGUUUUAGCCGGAGCUCAGCUCUUAUUAAACAUAAGAGAGUUCAUACCGACUAAGUCCUGUAAUAAUAAUGACCGAGAAGUGAUUCAUUUGAAGAUUUAAAUUUAUUUGAUAUCGAUGAGCUCCCUCCAGAGUGAGCUGCUUUUAUCAUACUCACUUUCCUAGUUGUGGGCCACAAUUUAAAACAUCAAAGAAGACAAGCCAUUUGAAAUUCUGACCCACAGCUUUAGGGAUAUCAUCUGCUCCUCCAAGAUAGUGAUUUUUAUUCACUGAAUGGAUUACUUCACCAAAAGCAGCCCUACAGGGAAAUCUGAAGACCAGGGGACAAAUGCUGGUGAAUUCCCAGGCCUGGAAAUGGAGUAAAUUUUAAAAGUUAUUUCUCCCAUCCUUGGCCCAAAGAACUGUGCUAGGGAAAACCUGGGACCAUAAUAGGGUGGUCAUUGCUACUUUGGAAAAAGGCAACUAGAGACUUGGCUUGAAUUGCCACGCCUGUUCACACACCAUAGUAGUUGGGCACACAUCUUCCCCUCCAAAGGGCUUUUUCCUUGAGUUGCUUAUGCAUUUGUAUCUUUUCAUCUUCCUGAGAGCAGAAAUCUGCACAAUGAAGGCAAUGAUUAUAACUUUUCUCCUUCUCAUUGUUUCCAAUUAACUUGUUUAAAGCUUGCAUCUUUGUGAAAGCUAACUGAAGAUAUGGUUUGAAAGGAAAAAUGA